CGCUCCUUGGGACCGAAUAGAGGCCGACGCAGGCGCAGUGGGGACACGGUCGGGCUGCCGCGCGCGCCUCGGGGCCGACUAGAGGCCGGCUGACGCGGGCGCAGUGGGGACACGGUCGGGGCUGCCGCGCGCGCCCUGAGGCCGAAUAGAGGCCGACGCAGGCGCACUGGGGACCCGAUUGGGGCCGCGCGCGCCUUAGGGCCGACUAGAGGCCGAAUGACGCGGGCGCACUGGGGCCGAAUAGAGGCCGGCUGACGCAGGCGCAGUGGGGACACGGUCGGGGCUGCCGCGCGCGCCUUAGGCUGACGCAGGCGCAGUGGGGACACGGCCGAGCCUGCCGCGCGCGCUCCUUAGAGCCGAAUAGAGGCUGGUUGACGCAGGCGCAGUGGGGACACGGUCGGGGCUGACGCAGGCGCAGUGAGGAGAAGUGUGAGCACAGUUCCAGCUAACCGGCUUCCAGCACCACCACCACCACCAUCUCCACCACGCUGGACUGGGAAAAAAGGAUAAAAAUGAUCAAGUUUUUCCUUAUGGUGAACAAACAAGGGCAGACCAGGCUCUCGAGGUAUUACGAACACAUUGAGAUGAAUAAGCGAACCCUUCUGGAGGCUGAAGUCAUCAAAAACUGCCUUUCUCGAUCCAAAGAACAGUGCUCCUUCAUCGAGUAUAAGGAUUUCAAACUGAUAUACCGGCAGUAUGCAGCUCUCUUCAUAGUGGUAGGAAUCAACGAAGCCGAGAACGAGAUGGCCAUAUACGAGCUCAUCCAUAACUUCGUGGAGGUUCUGGACAAGUACUUCAGCAGAGUGAGUGAAUUAGAUAUAAUGUUUAACUUGGAUAAAGUACACAUCAUUCUGGACGAGAUGCUGCUGAACGGUUACAUCGUCGAGACCAACAAGACCCGGAUCCUCGCCCCGCUCCUGAUCCUUGACAAAGUGGCGGAAAGCUGAAGGGCGUCACGAGCCGCAGGAACUGCCGCGCAACUCUCCCUGCAUCUGCAUUCGGACAUCCUGGCGGGCUGCAAUUUGCAGGGAGAUGCCCCAGUCCAGAGGCAAGCCCGGGAGCCAUCCCACCCCUCCUAGCUGGAAUGCAGACGUGGUAUUUUCCAAACCGACGGGCCGCGGGGAAUGAGAAUUACCACGUGGAGACUUUGCUUUCUUGUAUAUCAGCUUUUUUCUCCCCCCGGUUAGGCCAAAAGAUUUGCGAAUUAAAUCUAGAAGGGGAGGAAGGGAUACCUAGGAGGGAAAGAACAGGCUUUGUAGACCCGAGACGGGAUUCAAGAUUGCACUGUUUUCCUACUCUGAGACCUUUCAAGCUAUGAACACGUUGUAAUACCUUUUCCCUAGGUUUUAAAUAAAUCUUCUAUUGGAUAAAGCCUUAA